AUGUCAGCAAACAGUGCAUGCAAUCUUGAUUGUAUUAAAAGCCUAGCUCCAGUUCACGAAUUUGAGGGGCCAGUGAAGAUAGUUCUAGUUGAUGUACCGAAAGCGACAUACAUAGGUAGACUUUGGCAUGCGGCUUGCAUUGUCUUGGCUAAUAUGCUGAUCGGAGCAACCACAUUCACUGUCUUAUGUUAUACUCUAUGUUUCAGAGCAUCGUUCUCUAUUACUUUACAUAUUGUUUUAUGUACAAUUGGGUACCAGCUGUUAAUACCAUCAGGCGUGUUAAUGAUGAACUUCCUCCACGGAGCCGCGGCACCGCAGAAAGUGAGCGGCAGGAGGGGUGAACACGUAUUUAUACAACUAUGUGGGCUGGCUUGCGCUGCGGCCGGUAGUUUCGUUGUAUUCCUAUUAGAAGGGAGAAUAACUACAAGAACUCACAUCAUAUUUGGAGUGCCAGCAUUCGUAGCUUCUUCGGUUUGCUUCGUUCUCGGAAUCCAUAAAAAGGCCUUCGCUAAAUGGGUUUCUAUGCCAGAUAUGGUGAUCUUCUUGACAAUUUUUUGCUUCUUUUAUACCCUAAUAAUCAUAUAUAAACCAUUAAAAAAAUUAUUAACAAAGAAAACUAACAUUGGACACUGUGGUGUGCCAUCUGUAUUGGUAUAG